AGUGAUACGGAUAUCUCUUCUUUUCCCCGACUACUACAGGUGCGGGGAAGCGCACUAGCGUUUCACCAGCGUGCACCGAUGCAUCAGGAAGCCGUAUAGACACGUUCGUGGUCUCAGUCGCGUGUUUACAUUGAGUGCGGCACGAUGAGACGGCUGCGUUAAUGCAGCGGAAAAGAGUAACGUCGUAAUUAUAGUUCAUUUUACCGCGAUAUCGUUUCUUCCUCUUUUUUUCGCCAACGUUUAUAUCGAUUGCGAUCCAUUUACGCGUGAUUAUUUUUGUCGUGUACUGCGCGCCGCAAUGUGUUAUCAGGAUUAAUAAAAGUUUUGUGUGCAAACAAUUGGGAUGAAGCGCGACGUGAUUAUUGUAAUUAUUAAUAAAGUGCAACCUAAUGAUUCAUUCGAACGAUGAAGCUUUCUCGCCGCGUCAACAAGACUGUCGCGCGAUGAAUCAACGAGGAAAUUUUGCGGCGUGUCGUUGCGUGAAAUUGGAGCGAUGAACGUUAUCGCGGUAGGACGUGAAACCGAUAUCUUACGAAGCGCGCGCGAGGAAAAGUUGCGACGUAUUCCGACGAGUUGUUGGUGAAUUCCGGUCAAAGUGGAUGAAAAUAAUCGCGUGAUAUAAACGAAGGAUUCUAAUAGAACGUCUAAAUCUGUGCCACGUUUGACACUACGGAGUAAGGUUGAAGGCGGAAUGAAAGAACGAGUUGAGUUGGCAUUUUAGAAAUGUUAUCAAUGAAUGCAAAGAUUUGCCAUUUCAGUGUACGUAAUAAUACAUUGUGAGCCAAACGCGGUUGCACGUGAAACGUGUGCAAUUAAAUAAAUAGUUGGAGAAUAUUCGUUUCGUUUUAUUCGCACUUUGAAAUUCCUCACGCAUCUACGCUAGACAGAUAAGUGCGAAAAGUUGGUCGAUGCUAUACUGGACACGGCGCGCGUCUCACAAUGACCGGUCGCGAAUGACAUGCCGUCCCCGAGGCGAGCCCAAUGCACCGAGGAUUGCAGGUGCGUACUGUGCCGCGAGUUGAAAGGUUGCAAGAUGAGCACGAGCGGCGUGGAGAUUCAGCAGAAGCAAACCGGCAACGAAGGCGCGAACUUCAUCCUGCGGCGGGCCGUGCCUUUCCUGCCAAAGCCGUUGAAGGCGCGAAGCGAGCUGCAGGAAGUCGCCGUGAGACACGACGAUUACGAGAGAAGCUCGACCCUAGAGGACAAAAGCCGUCGCGGCGGUCAGGCCGCGAGCAAGGAUGAUUCAAAGCCGAAAAGCACCUCAUCGAGCAGCGACGCGGGAAAAACGGGAAGGGACGUCGGUCACAGGACGGUUAUCUACUUCGGCGACUCGAAUCCGCGACCGAAGGAAGACCGAGCGAGACAGCAGCAGCUGCCGUCGUCGUCGCCGCCUCCGUUGCCGCCGGAAGCUUGUGCGCGGACCAAGUCGAAAUGCAACGAGGAUCUCGAAACGUCGUCGCGGCCGCGGGGCGACGAAGCGGAGGUUCGCGGUCGAGGUUCGAACGAAUGCUCGACGGAGCAGCGGAGGGACGACGAAAACGACGGUGGAGUUGCAAUGGCGAACGGUGAAGCCAAGGUCGCGCACGAGAUCGUGGUGAACGUCAGCCCGAGCAGGGAAGACGUGCUGAGGAUCGAGGAGGACGAGAGCCAGCUGGAGGACUAUUGGUCCUUGCCGGGGGACACGAGCGGGUUCAAGGCGGAUUGGAGCUUCGUGCAGCAGUGGCGGCUGAGGGGGCCGAGCGGUGGCAAUAGCCGUGAGAUAUAUUGUCCUCCUUACUCGAAGGACUUCACCGAGAAUUCGCCGAAAAACGGGGUCCACGAUAUGGUGCAUAUGAUACCGGAAAGAGACACGGACAGCGUGGCACCCACGCCGACCCCGCAGCAUCCGCGUCACUCCCAACACCAUCAUCUCAGUUUACACGAGCUCCGUGCGCUUCAGAGGCGGCCGGAAUGUACCGGUAACAGCUCCUCCGAUGAGAAUCGGUCGUCCGGACACGCGAGCAUGUCGGACACCGGCGGCCACACGAGCAGCAGCUCACCGCCGCAUCGUCACCACAGAGCCCACAGUCCUCAGCAGCUGAACGCCGUGCCAGAGGACGACCGACUCUCGGCUUCGGUUACCCAGAGAAACGGCAGAAGCCGAUCCGGCCAGAGCCGCAACCGGCACAGAGCUACUCCCGCUAAGUUGCAGGUACCAUGGUCGGGUUCCGGUUUAGAGGACAUAAAGCUGGCGAUUCAACAGCUGACGAUGCGCUCGCACAAGUCUUCGUCGACGUAUUCCUCGCUGAGCGGCUCGGAGAGCUCGGAGCCGGCGGUGAGGCGGCUGAUGCGGCACUCCAGCCUGGAGACGAUCAACACCAACGUCACCAGCGCCGACGAGUUUGUCUGGGUGGAUUCUCACAAUCGUCUGGUGGAACUGCAGCAGCUGCCGUGGACCCACCACGACGUACUGCGCGUCCUUCAGAACGGCCGCACGAGGGAGUACAUGGAGCAGGUCUCGAUGGAGACGAUUCCGCGGCUCUCUUACCUGCUGCAACGCGCGCUAGUCAGAAUCGGCCGCGAGACUCAGAGAUUAGCGAAACCCAUAGGUCUCUGCAGCAAGCACGAGGUGUACAGCGCCUUCAAGAUCGUGCUCUGCCCUGCUCUGGCGGAUUCCUGCACCAAGGCUUGCCUUCGAGCUGCCGCGAUGUUCGCUGUAUCUGGCGAUCAGCUGAAACAAUCGAAGGCGUCUCGUUCAGGGCUACAAUUGCCGGUCGGACGUUUCUUGCGCUGGAUGUCCGACGUGAGGCUCGGGCGUAUGAUACACGAGUACGCCGCUAUAUAUUUGACGGCUGGAAUCGAGAAUCUUCUCGAGGAAAUACUGCUGCAGUGUAUGCCGACUGAACCGCAUACAACCCUCACAGCGACGAUGUUGGAGCACGCUAUAGCCAACAGCGGCGACUUAUGGGGUCUGUUGCAGCCGUACGCGCAUCUCAAUGCCGGUCGAACGGCAUCAGGCGCUCUCGCGAUGCCUCGUUGGGCGAGUGUAAGUUCCUUAAACUCAUCGUCGUCGUCGCGUAGCGGACGAGACGCGGCCCAGUCAGCUCUGGAACCGUCGUUGCUUACGACAUGCGUGGGAUCAAUGUCCGAAUUAAUAGAUUUGAUUUCCAAGGUAGCGCAGGCGGGACGUUGCCCCAUACCGCUUACAACGAGAGCGUUGCAUGCUCUGUUUUACUACAUGAGAUGUUCACAGCUGGAGCACGGUGAACGCGGAUCAGGAAUACAGGAGUUGGCAUACGAGCGAGCUUACGUGGUGCUGCCACCCUUAGUAGAAUGGCUACGGGUAGCUGCAGCACACGCGGAGCACAGACAUGGUCUCGUCAUUGAUCAAGACGACAUCAAUCAAGCUGCCCGAUUACUGUUGCCUGGCGUGGACUGCCCCGUUCGACCGAUAAGCUCCGAGGAGAUCGCAGUAUGCUCAAAGCGCAUCGACGAUACCGAAUACGUUCGGUUGUUAACGCUAGACAUGGCCUUCAAGAUGUUGAUCAGCGGACGAACCGAUCUCAUAGUUCAAGCAAUGCCGUUGCUGCCUUCGGCGAAGAUUAACACGGUAAACGACGCUGGAUUCACCGCUUUGAUGCUGGCGUGCAUCAACGGCGACGAGUCGGCCGUAACAACUCUGCUGGAUGCCGGGGCGGACUUGAAUAUCGAGAGUCCGCCGCCCGUGACGAAUUCAUCGUCGAAUACACCUUCCAAGAUCCCGCAAACAUCCGGCGUGUCAAAUGUUAGGAGUCCAAUUAAUCAUUCGGCGAUAAUAACGCCGAGUAAAACGAUACCGAAUGUGAACGUAGCAUCCGGUAGUCCGAACAAUCCCGGCGCUGUCAACCCCGGCGGAAGCAUAUGCUACGCGCAAGUAGCCUUCAACGCAGAGACGCAACAUUGGACCGCUUUGACCUACACAGCUCUAUUGGGUCACUGCAACAUCGCCAGAAUAUUGCUGGAGAGAGGUGCCGCGGUGGAAGGCGGUGCGAAACUCAGCGAGGACAAAUGCACCGUCACGCCUCUGCAAGCAGCCACGGCGUCGGGGAAUAACGAGAUGGUGGCUUUACUCUUGGCGCAUGGGGCGCAGCCCUUCCUAUCCACUCUGAUCAAGGACUCGUUCUCCUACUCUGGUUCCGCACAACGUGGUUGUUACAGCGCGAUCUCGGUGGCGACGGCGCAUGGCCAGAGAAGCUGUCUUCAUCAGCUGCUAUCGCAUCCACUCAACUUCUCGGCGAAGCGAGGAGAGAAAGAGAUAUUAUCUUUGGAAGAGAUAUUGGCAGAAGGUAACGCCGGCAGUAAUCCUCAACAGCAGACUGCCGAAGGAAGAGGAGCUCGCAGAGAAGGCAAAGAACCGGUAUUUAAUAAGAUACAAACAAAGGCGCUGCAAGAGGCAAUGUAUCAUAGCGCGGAAAGCAAUCAUUUAGAUAUUACUAUGGAACUUCGUGGACUAAAAGUAGGCUGGACGCUGCACUGCUGGAUGCACAGUCUCGCGACAGCCCAUGAGAUGCGAUUGGACUCGAUUAUAGAUCAAUUGCUUCAGGAUUUUCUUCAAGUCUGCCCGGACGAUUAUUCCACGCAAUUCGUGCAGGAGUGUCUACCGCUUUUGUUCAAUAUAUUUAGAUAUAGUAAGGACAUACUAUCAUUUUCACAGAAGGAAGGCACAACGCUUUUGCUCGCUGAUAUAUUCUGCACAUGUUUCGGUUGGGAACCGAUCAAGCCGAUUAGAGAUACUACACUGUCGAGCGGAUCGAGGAUCGACCCGAAAUUUGUGAACAAUCCAGAACUGAGCGAUGUACAAUUUAGAGUCGAAGGUCGCGUUUUCUACGGUCACAAGAUCGUGUUAGUCACGUCUUCCCCAAGGUUUAGGAAUAUGUUAAGUUCCAAAUUAUGCGAAGGUAAUCCUCCAAUUGUGCAGAUUAACGACAUAAGGUAUCACAUAUUUCAGAUGGUUAUGGAAUUUCUUUACCACGGCGGUUGCGCCACUUUAGAAGUUAAUCAAAGCGAUGUCCUGGAAUUAAUGGCAGCAGCCAAUUUCUUUCAACUCGAUGGCUUGCUCAGAUAUUGCGAGGCGCAGUGUUCUACAAUGGUGGAUCUUGACAAUAUCGUUUCUAUGUAUAUUCACGCUAAGGUAUAUAAUGCGGCGCAGCUCUUGGAGUACUGUCAAGGAUUUCUGCUGCAAAAUAUGGUAGCACUCCUGACAUACGAUGAUUCAGUUAAGCGUUUGUUAUUUGCGAAAAAGUUACCGAAUCACGACGUCCUCGCGGGCUUGUUACUCACAUUGCAAUCGCGGAUAAAAGCCAGACGAUCUCAGCAACAAAACAAGAUAAAAGCUUAGAUGUAUGUAUUGUGCAAUUUUACAAUCGGACAUAGACACAAAAUAACUUUGCGACUUGAUAAUGUGAACUUCAAGUUCCUAGAGGUACGUAAAAAAGAAACUUUAAACGAUUUCUAUUUUAAAGGAUAUUGAGGUGUAUAAUUUUAAGAAACUAUGACUAUAUUAUUGAGACAAAAUCUCGAAUAUUAUAUUUAAAAAAAAAUGGGUCGAAUUUUAUUGCAACGCGACGAUUUGGGAUAACGGUUUUUUAAAUUGCUAAAAAAACAAAUUUACAUUUGUACAUUGUAUAUUAAAAUGCAAACAUUAUAGAGCACAUAUAUGUGCUAUCUUUAUAGGAAUAGCGCUAGAUUUAGGAGAGCCUUUUAUAUAUAAAGUAUUCCUGUAAAUAGAAGUAUGCUGUUGGUCUAUAAAACUUAAACAUUUUUAUACAAAUAUAUCAAUUUCUCACGUUUGUCAUAGAAUGGAACAAGUUUUGUCUUCCAUUAUUAAAUAAACUUUAAUCUUAAACUGAAAACAGGAGGCCUAAUAAUAUGUAUAUAUUUUAUUACAGAAAAGUAAGUUUUUUAUAUUCAUAGUAUAAAUAUUGUCUUUUUCGGUAGUAUUUUUUAAUAGCGAUUUUAAAAUUCGAUGAAAGUGAGUAUCCCAGAUUUUGUACACUUUUUCAGUUUACAAGUUACAUCUCCUCUUUUAUGCUACAAUAUCGAGGGUUGCACACUUUUUUAUGUAAUAUUCCUUGAGCGUUUGCUCAAAUAAAAAUACUUUACAAAUAAAUAACGAAUAUUGAUUUGCUUAUUAUUAAUAAAAUUAACAUGAAAAGUGUUGGCGCGCCAAAAAUCGUGCUAGAAAAAUAUAAGUAAGAUAAUUAACACAUAUUUUUUGAAGCAUUUGUUUUAUUAAUCCUGUUUUUUUCGCAAACAAUAGAUGUAUAAGAUUGAUUGAUUAUCAUGCCAUACAAAAGUUAUCCAAGAACAUAGUUAAAUAUGAAAUAACGGAAGAAUGAAUAGUUGACAGAAAACUAUGAACUUUUAUUAUCUAAAUCAAAAGGGGGGAAGGAGGGGGAAACACAUAAAUUUGACUGUACCUUUAUAUUUUUCAAUGCAAUUCGAUGUCAUAAUCAUAUAUACAGGGUAUAAAAAAAUGUAUUUGUAUAGAACAAAACAUAAUUUAAUGCCUAAUAUUAAUUUAGCACAUACAAAUCAACAACGACAUAAUAAAGCUAUUAUACUUGACAUUAAGCGCAAGUAUCAAUAUCAUAGCACUAUUUAUUUAAAUGAUGUUAAUGAUUAGUUGUAUAUACAAUAUUCAGAUUAUAAUCUUGAUAAUUAUAUGUUGGAUUUUUAGGAUCCGGAAUGCCUAAUAAUCAUAUCAGAAUCGAGUAAUCAUAGGAAAGUGGUUGUCUCAAUCUAAAUUCUUUCCUUCGCAUCUCAACAUAUAAUAUAUAGGCGAUAUCUUUUUAAUAAUACGAUUGUAAAAAACAUUGAUUCAGCGACUAAUUAGGCGCAAUAAUAUGCAAAUCUUGAAGAAUACUCAAGAUUAAUACUUUGUAUGAUACAACAUUUUACAUGAAUUAUUUUCUCCACAUCUCAAUGUUCAAUACGAUGAUGUGUUAAAAUGUCUCUGUUGUUUAAAAAAAUCAAUUCUUACUUAUGCAAUCUGUAAUACAAACAGUCAUUACUUGCAAGAAUUUGGUCACAGCACUUGAACUGCUAAGACAUUUCUCAAUAAAAUUGGGACAAUAUUCGUUCAAUGGAACAUAUAGUACUAAAAAUAUGUACUUAACGCAAAAAAAUAUACGAAUGAAAUGAAAUUGCUAUUCAGAAAAUACACAAUUUAAAUUUAUAGUAAUGAUCCAUUCUUUUUAUCCAUUUUAUGAGAUUUCCACAUCAAUUUGUCAUUAAUUAUAUGCCAUUUCUCAACACUUUUAUGUAUUUGAUUUAAUGAUAUUCUGUGCGUAGAAAAUUAUUAAUAAAUUAUAAUUAGUACUCUAAAUUACGUGCAAAUACUUUGCUAAAAUUAUUUUCGUAUGUAGGUACAGCGAAUAGGUUACAUUUUAUUUGCGCACUUAUAUGCGCGAAAUAUACGUAUUCUCUGCCUAUUUGUAAAUCUGUUUACAACUUUUUUGUAGAAUGCAACUCUUUUAUUCAACUAAAUAAAUUUAGUUAAAUACA